CACUGCUAACACCGGGACGUCAAUACGUCAAUUUCUCGAUUGAAUAUGUAUGUAUGUAUAUAUUUUUUAUCAGACGCCAUUUUGUGUUGCGGAAAAUAAGCACAUUGAUUAUUCACCUGUUUUCAUAAAAAUUCGUGUUAAAUUAACAGUAUUCUGUUUUUUGAACAUAGGUUGUACAUUAAUUGUUUUAGGCUGUAGUGGCAUGAGUUCGCCAGCAGAUGUCAGUGUGUUACAAUAUGCACCUCCACCGUGAAAGUGUCUUUUUAGAGCUUUUAUUGUGGUAAACUUAAAUCGGUUUAACUGUGUACACGUUUGUUUUCUGUGUCAAUAAAUAAAACAAGUUUUCUCUCAUUUAUGUCUCGAUGUUGAAGUCUGUUACGAACAUGAAUUUUUAUUUUUUUAAUUAUGAAAUGUGUCUCAUCUUAACCAUUUUUAUACACAAUUUAAUAUUAGUACAAAGUAUAGAGAACUUUUAUGCAUUUACCCUGUGUGCGAAAGAUAUCAUGGUCGCAAGUUCGACUCCACCCCUGGCUGAUUGUACUCAAUGCCAUUGUAAGUCGCUUUGGAUAAAAGCGUCUGCUAAAUGACAUGUAAUGUAAUGUAAUGUAAUUUGGAGGUAUGGGCCUUUUCCUCUGUUGUCAGGGUGACGUCACAGAUUCGACAGGUAACGGGGGCGGAGUCUUGUGUUGACGUUAUUCAGACGAAGAUGUGAGCGCGUGCGGGAACAAAAGGAGGCAGUUGAUUGGUUUAGAGACUGAAGGAAAGAAGAAGCUGCAGCAGCAGGUGACACAGUUCAGUCACUGUGGAGACACCGCACCUCCUGCUCCUGCUCCUGCUCCUGCUCCUGUGAUGAAACUCCAGUCCCGGUUAUAAAUCGUCAGGAGACGCGGGUCACCUCCCGGUCCCGUCUCGUGUUCAACUUAUUUUUUAUUUUUUAAGAGAAAUGAGACUGAGCGCGUUUAAAAUGGAGACAAACGAUCUUCUUCAUCAUCAUCAUCAUCAUCAUCAGGACUGGAUGAACAGCAGCUGCAGCAGCAGCGGGGGUCACUGUGGAGCAGAGGCCGAGUUUUACGCCGCAGCGGGAAACAUGAGCAGCUACAUGAGCGCGCAUGGCGUGACCGGCACCGGCAACAUGAACGCGCCUUACCUGAACCCGGUCGGGAUCGGGAUGAGACCCGGUCCACAGGCGCGGGAACUGAGCUCCGUCAGCCCGCCUCCGUACGCAGCGAUGUCGGUGAUGAGUCCAGUGAUGAGUCCGGGGAUGAGUCCAGAGUUCGGAUCGAAGUCCUGCAGCAGCGGCAGCACCGUCACGUGCCAGGAGCACAAACCAUUCCACCGGCGGAGCCGCGCGCACGCGAAGCCUCCGUACUCGUACAUCUCUCUGAUCAGCACCGCGAUCCGACAGUCCGGCACCAGGAUGCUGACGCUGAGCGACAUCUACCGGUGGAUCAUGGACCUGUUCCCGUUCUACCGGCAGAACCAGCAGCGCUGGCAGAACUCCGUCCGACACUCGCUCUCCUUCAACGACUGCUUCAUCAAAGUGCCGCGGACCCGGGACAAACCCGGGAAGGGCUCCUUCUGGACCCUGCACCCGGACUCCGGGGACAUGUUCGAGAACGGAUGCUUCCUGCGGAGACAGAAGAGGUUCAGGAGCCACAAGGAGACCACGGUGAAGAACACGGUGAAGAACACGGUGAAGACCACGGUGAAGACCACGGUGAAGACCAUGAAGAAGAAGAAGGAGGAGGAGGAACCGGGAUCUUGCUCUGGUUCACUUUCUCCUCACUUUUCUUCUUCCUCCUCCUCCUCCUCUUCUCCUUCAUCCUCAGAGGUCAAAGUGCACCACUGUGACCUGCUAACCUCCAGCCACAUGCGCGUGUCCUACCCGCCCCAGCUCCUCCCUCCUCCUCCUCUUCCUCCUCCUCCUCCCUGCUUCUUCUCCUCCUUCAACCACCGCUUCUCCAUUAACAACCUCAUGUCUGAGCCUCCGCUGCUGCUGCUGCCAAACCCGGGACCGGGAUCGGGACUGGACCCGGUUCCCUGCACCGACAACAGCAGCGGCUACUAUCACCACCACCAGAACCAGAACCAGAACCAGAACCUGAGCUCCAUCAUAGGAAACAGGACUGAGUUUCUGGAGUAAAAACUCUUUCUGCUGAUGUUUGUGUUUGUUUACAAAAAAAGAUAAAA